AUGGGUGAAGCAGAAACAUUGGAACUUCCCAUUACAAAGGUACAAUGGGGUUUACGAGGGUCUCAAAUUUUUUUUGCUUUUCUUUCAAUGUGUUGCAUAGCUGCCGAAAUCGCUUGGGAUAAUAAGGUUUUGACUAAUAUGGGUAGUUCAAUUCUUUCAAAUAUCCACUUAUUUAUCAUUGUCUUGUCGAUGUUUGCAGCGGCCAUUUGUGUUGGUAUUCCUUAUGCUUAUCUAAAUUAUGGCAAAUUUCAAUCUGCAUAUAGAGCAUUAAGAUUACCCAGGAUAGAAUUUGUCCAUACUGCAAUAUGGUCUAUUCUUAUACUUAUAGUGUCAAUAGCAUUGAGCGUGGAAUUAGGUUUUAGGGUUUGUGAUCCCGCUUCACCACACUGGUAUAGCGAUAAGUUAAAUGCUACUGCAUUUAGAAACGAGACUACUUUUGUCAAUGGUUUAGCAAGCAAUUGCAGAACAGCGCGUGCUGGUCUUGCAUUCGGUUGGUUUGCACUUGGUGCUUGGUUAGCUUCUCUUGCUGUAGUAGGAAAGGAAUGGUAUGAUGGUAGACGUCAACCUUUACCCAAACACGAUCAACAUCGGGACGAAGUUACUAUUAACACUAAUUCUUCACGUUCGUCAUUUGAACCGGCUGGAACUCAACCACAAUAUCAAGAACAACUUCAAAUGCAGAAUAUAACUAGUCAACCUUAUUCUCAACCUUAUUCUCAACCUUAUCCUCAUCAAGUGUCUUAUAGCACACCUCAAACGAUUCAUACACCGAUGUCAGGACACUAUCCUCCAUCACAAGGUUAA